AGCUUUGUAGGGAAGCUUCUCCUCUCCUCUCCUCCCCUCUUCCCUCCCUCCUCUCCUCCCUCCAGCGCGCUCUCUGAGUGUUUACUUUGAGUCCUGCUCUUGUCUGCCCUGUGGCCCCGUGCUGAUUUACUUUAGUAGGCAGCAGAUGGAGAGAGCAGACCUCUCUCUCUCUCUCUCUCUCGUUCUGUCUCUCCUAGUAUCUCUCUCUCUUUCUCUGAGUUCUGCUCUAUCCCUCUCUAUCCCUGUCUCUCCUCUGUGUGGAUUGUGGUCCCUCUGUCUGGGCAGUGAGCAGUGCCUGAAGAAGAAUAGCUGGAGUUCUUUCUGAGUUUGAGAGAGACCCUCUCACACUCUGUCUGGCUCCUUUACUGCAGGUACAGUCACAGCUGGAGAGUCGUGUGUGGGGUGACCACACGUGGGCCACCAUGUUGGGUCAGAGCGUGAAGUUGCAGCCGGUGGCCAUUCAGAGCCUGUCGGAGCUGGAACGAGCUCGUCUGCAGGAGGUGGCUCUCUAUCACUUAGAGGAACGUGACCUGGACUUCAAAAUCCGUAUCCCAACAGAAACUCGCAAGAGGAGGAAAUCUCUUCGGAGAAAGUUUGAUUCCUUUUCCAAGGAAAAGAAAGAGCGAGAAACAGCCUCCAAGGCGUUUGGGAUCCCACUGUCUCAGGUGAUCGCUAAUGACCGUGCCUACAAGCAGCGCCAGGAUGCUCUGAAGGAGAGCCGCAGGGACUGUCUGGAGUUGGAGGCCAGUGUCAUGCGCUUCCGGGCAGAGAAAUGCCAGCAGAAUGGAAGCAGAGUGCCAAGCAACAGAGCCACGGGCCCUGCAGCCUCCUCCUCUUCAUCAUCAUCCUCAUCGUCAUCAGUGCUGGAGCUCCACAACAAGCCCCUGUCCCCCACCUUCCUGGACAACAGCUCCCGCAGUCACAGACGGGGCGGAAUGUCAGUGGACUCGAUAUCAGACUUGGUGGAGAGUCAGUCCAGGUUGCUGGAGGCUCUGCAGCUCUCUCACCCUAAUGAGCUGGAGAUCAAGAAGACGUCCACUGGCCGCACACAGGCUAAACUGAGCCUGAACCCCAUCUACAGACAGGUGCCCCGGGUCAUGGAGCGCUGCUGUCAGCACAUCCUCACCUACGGACUGCAGACGGUGGGGAUUUUCCGAGUGGGCAGCUCCAAAAAGAGAGUGCGCCAAUUGCGUGAGGACUUUGACAGCGGGACAGAUGUUCUUCUGGACGAGGAACACAGUGUUCAUGACGUGGCCGCACUGUUGAAGGAGUUCCUGAGGGACAUGCCUGACCCUCUGCUACCCAGAGAACUCUACUCUGCCUUUCUGCACGCGAACAAUUUGCGGGGAAGUGAUCAGUUGACGUAUCUGCAGCAGCUGCUGUAUCUGCUGCCUCCGUGUAACUGUGACUCUCUGUUGAGGCUGUUGAGUUUACUGCACACAGUCCAGGAGCAUGCUCAAGACUCCACAGGCCCUGACCAACAGGAGAUACCAGGUAACAAGAUGACUGCAGCAAACCUGGCUGUGAUCUUUGGGCCGAACCUCCUGCAGAAGGAAAGAGGGACAGAAAAGGACCUGAGCCCACUGGCUAUGGGUAUAGAGGACAGCGCCGCCAUCAUCUCUGUCACACUGCUGCUCAUCCAGUACUACAAGCGGCUCUUCACGGUAUCUGCAGAACUUCAGCAAGAGGUGCUCAUGAGUCUAAUUCAGACUGAUCCAGAUGUCAUCGACUACCUACUGCGCAGGAAACUCAGUGGCAGCAGUGUGACAGUGGAGCCGGACACAGUGGCCCGCAGGGACACUCAAACGUCUCUGGACUCAGUGGGUCAGUCCAGUGAUGACCUUUCCCCAGUAGAGCCCAUCUCCCCUCUGUUUGGGGACUCUGCCAGCAGAGGCAGUCUGACAAGUGAGGUCUUCAUUAAUGUGCUUCGACUCAACACCAGCAGAAAGCGCUGUUCAGAACCUCCUCCCAAGUCCAUAGCCCAGAUGCGGCAAUUCCACUCCCAUCACAACUUGUUGAGUCUAACUCAGCCGUCCAGCCACAUUAUUGAAGAUGAGCGAGAGCUGCCGGAGCGGAGAGGCGGCGGCAUGAGGCCGGGGUGCCCGGGAGAGGGUCCCCUGUACGGCCAGGGGCAGCAGGACGGCGGUUCUCAGCCCCAGAGCCCUAAAGAGCGGAGUGUGUGGGUGCGGCAGGGCUCCAACGCCUCCUCCACCACCUCAGAGGACAGCAGGCCGCCGAGCAACUUCUGGGACUUUUUCACUGGCAAGAUGACCAUGAUCAGAAGAAGUCCAUCUCUCCAGAACUUCUUCAUCGACCCCUCUCAGUAUGAGAAAAGUUGAGUGGAAUAAAAAAAAAGCACAGGGACACUUUUUUUCUACGGACUACAUUUUUUUAGCCUGUGAGGCAGCUCUUGUAUGAAGGAGUGGAACAGCACUGUCUGAAAGCUGAAGAUGCUGUGAUACCACAAUGAACCACAAGGGAGCAACAGUCAUCUUCACUGCACCAUCUGACCACUUAUCUUCAGAAAAAUAAGGGUUCCAAGCUAGCCUAGCAUUCUUUUAAUGAACUCAUACUACAGCAUCUAUCAACAUUUCAGAGGUUUAGGCCCAGAAGAUUAAGGAAUUCUCCUGAAUUUGAGGAUGAACUGUGGAAGGACUGCUGAAACUGUACAAAAUAAUUGCACAUAAUCAAAACUACAAGACUGACUUUGUCCAUAUGUACACAAUACCACUAUCUUUAAAUAAAAAAAUACAUUGUUACAAA